AUGGCUCAGGAAAAAGAGAAAUGGACUGAUGUCGAAGGAAAAAGGCACAAGAAAAAGGAGGUGGAGAAGCGAGGGAGAGAUAACGCUGAAGUCUCUCUCCCCCAGCACAGACUAUCAGUGACACCCACCAGGGACUCUCCGCCUAUCACAACGUCCGGAGUAGGGGUCACCACAGGGUCAAACCCCCUCCUGACCAAUCAAUCUGACACCUAUGACAGGAGCAAGACCCCUGGUAGAGGCGUGGCCAGGGAACAGAGCCUGUCAGAAGAUGUGUUUGAAGCCAACACCCCACAGAGGAUAACAUUACAGAACACUGAAAAUACCAAGUUACCUGGGAAACUGGUAGUGCCCUCUGCAGCCAGUGUGAGGAACAAGAUCCACCAGUUUGAAGCUCUGACACAGACAUCUCAGGUCCCAGUGCCCAACUACCUGAAGCCCAGACGGGCUUUCUCUGUCCCGGAGCAGCUCAUACGGGGAGUGGGGGAGACAGGAGGAGUGGGGGAGACAGGAAGAGUGGGGGAGAAGGCUGUUGGCUCUGGUACAUUUUCCAACCUCAAGGUUAAACUAGACAUCCCUCUGAAUGGCAAAACCACCAGAGACACUCUGAUAGACUUUUCCAUUGAUGAGCCAGACCUCCCCAAUCACACAGUCACACCCCAGGACUGGAGUAGGAGAGGCACCAACACAAAGACUACUACAGUCACUGCCAAGGACACUUCAUCCUCCCAGCUGUCUAACUCUAUGAACAACUCCAAUGACGUUCCAGGUGGCCCUGACCAGUCUAGGAGGCCUCACAGUAGAGACUCACCUAACCUGCCAUCUCCAGUGAGCGAUGACGACAAGACACCCACCAACACCCCCCAGAACUCCCCCUUCCACCCCCAGAACACACCUCCCACCUCCCCACACCUCCCCACUACUUCCCUGCAGCCUAAACACCAACAGGGUGUAGAUUCAGGCCUGGCUGCCCUGAAGAACCCUCCAGUCUCCACACACACAGCCCAGGGUAGGGUCACUACUGACCCUGCUAUCCCAGUCUCACACUCUGGCCUGGGGAGGGAUUCCCUGUCCCUUCCCCUCACCUCCUCCUCCUCCAGCAGCCUACCCCUCCUCCCCACUCUGGCUCGAUGGAACUCAGAGGAAGGGGGAUGGAGUGAUGAGGAUACUGAUGAUGAAGGUACAGAGAAGGACGAGGACUCCACCUACGACUCAGACUCUGCUGAAUCCUCGGUGACCGUCACCAGCGCCAUGAGCCAAUCACAUCGCAGGAGCUUCUCUCUCAGUCUGGCAGAGCUGUGUAACUUCGGAGAGGUGGACUAUGAUCCCCAGUCUUCCUCUGACAGUGAGGAGUGGCCGUCCAGCCGGUCAGCCAGCCGGUCAGCCAGCCUGUCGUCUGACGUGUCGGCACUGUCCUGUGUGUCUGUCCUGGGCAGUGAUGAGCUGAACCGCCUGCUGGACGACGUAAAGGGCCUGGGGGACACAACACUGCAGAACUAUGAGGAUGUCCAGGUGGUGGUUCUCCAUAAGGAUGUUGGUGUGGGACUGGGCUUCACCAUGGCAGGAGGAGUGGACCAGAACAAACCUGUCAUUGUCCAUAAGGUGUUCCCGGCAGGGGUGGCUGCUAAGGAGGGAUCCAUCCAGGAGGGAGACAAGGUCCUGUCAAUCAACGGCACAGCGCUGUGUGGCUCCUCCCACUGGGAGGUGCUGAGGACACUAAGGAGGGCACGGACUCAGGGGAUGGGCGUGGUCGUUUUGAGGAGAGGGGGGGUAACAGACCCCCGUAAGGGAGGAACAGUGACUGACAGUCGAGGAGGGACACAGACAGAGCCUGCUAACACUGGUCAGAGGGUGUGUGUGAGGCUGGAGAAGCGCAGCAGAGACCUGGGCUUCAGUCUGGAGGGAGGAGUGGGUUCCAGCCUGGGAGACAAACCCCUCACCGUACAGAAACUCUUCCUGGGUGGUCCAGUGAACCAGGUGUCUCCAGGUGACGAGGUGUUGGAGAUCGAGGGUGUGAGCUUGGUGGGCCUGAGGAGGCUGGAGGCCUGGACCAUGAUCAGAACACUGCCCCCUGGGCCUGUGGAUGUGGUACUACACCGUCCUCACAAACCACAGUGACAGGAAUGAACAUUGAUAUGUACCCUCGAUAUGCUUAUAACAAGGCACUGAAGCAUUGUACUCCUAUGAGGUUGAAGUGAGGGUUGCCAAUCUGAUUCUGGAUAUGUGGUUCGGGUCAACUUCUACCUCAAGUGAGAGGGAUGAUAUGUAUUGCACCAGUCAUACGAUAACAAAGCACUGAAGAGACCAGUAAACAUUGAGGAGAGGGCCUGUCUGUAUAUAGGGUCAACCCAGGGUAUGAAGAGGGAGAGAGAGAUCAAUACAGAGGUCAUUUAUUUAAUUUUGUAGAAAUAUGCUUAAUGUUUCUUUAAUACCUAGUCUGCCCAUUGUUUUAUAUGAUGAAAUGUAAGGAGUUUGUAUAUGGCUGUAAUAUAUAUUGUGACUAGAAAGUUCA